UGGGUCACAUGGUAGCAUAGCAGUUUGAGUCGAGAGCUCUAAUCGAAACAGUCAUCCAACGAAUCUCUCUGGCAGAGGAUAACUUUCUACUCCUUGCUAUCGUUUCCUUCAAGAAAAUACAUAUUUUGUAUGCUAUAGAUAUACAUAGGCCUAUCUUUAGCCUACAGAAAAAAAGCAUCAGACGGACAGCUUUUUGGAGCGCUCUACGGAAAGAAAAAGAUACGGAAUUCCUAAGGUUCGAUUCAUUCGGAAGCGAAAAAAUUGGCUACAAUCUUUGGUUUGAUUCGGGGCGUUUAAAAAAAAAAACGAAUACAUUUGAAUUUAUGUGAUUAGUUUUGACAUAUGGUUGUAGUCAAAUAUCACGGUGCGAAAUCAGUCUGAUUUCAGUCCGAAUCAGUCUAUAGAUGUAAUCUGCGGAACUAGUAGGCCUAAAUGCGUUUGCCGACUAUUUUCUGAACGCUUCAAUUCAUUGAUCAUAGUAUCAACCAGCGACCGAAAAAGUUGCUGAAAACAAGCUAACACGUCAUCAGACUUCAGGUUGCUAGAAGGGGAUUUCAUUCAGAGGACAUGGAAUCUACAAAAGCAGGGGGUGUAAUAGCCUACAUCAGCUCCUCUAGCCCUGAGUCAUGUCAUAGUGACUCAAAUGACUGCAGCUAUAACUCCUCCCACAGCUGUCACCAGGACAACGUGGUGAACAAGCCCCUAAACAUGGCAGGCCUCACCCUCCCGCUGGCCCACACUAUCGCAAAGACCGGAAGCACGGCCUCCACUGCAAAAUGCGACAUUACUAAAAUCAACAGCCUGGUGCUGCUGUGUAAGGUGUGCGGAGACAUUGCAUCUGGAUUCCACUAUGGGGUUCAUGCCUGUGAGGGCUGCAAGGGUUUCUUCCGUCGGAGCAUCCAGCAGAACAUCCAGCAGAACAUCCAGUAUAAGAAAUGCCUGAAGAACGAGAGCUGUGCCAUCAUGAGGAUCAACAGGAACCGCUGCCAGCAGUGUCGCUUCAAGAAGUGUCUGCUUGUCGGCAUGUCCAAGGACUCUGUGCGUUUCGGCCGCAUCCCAAAGCGUGAGAAGCAGCGCAUGCUGCUAGAGAUGCAGAGUGCCGUGAACAACAUGAUGAACAACAGCCAGCUACACAGCCAGUUCCACUGCAACACACCCUUCCCCCUGGCCAAUCCGCUUCAGUCGCCAGCCUGCCCCGUGGAGCCCCGCCCCCAAUAUGUUGAUUCUGGCCUAGGCUCCGUCCCCUCCUCCUCCACCUCUCCCGCCGCUUCCCCCAGGUCCAACCAAUCUGAGGAGACCAGCUCUGACCGCGAGCCUGCGGUCACCAAGAAUAAAAGCCCCAGCCCUAACUCUGUGUCUCCAUCGAGUGCUUCAGACUGCGGGUCAGAGGAGGUGAUUGGCUCGGUGACCCGGGCCCACCAGGAGACCUUAAUUUACAACCAGGAGCAAGGUAGCCCCUCCCCCCAGUCCCAGGCCUACGCCCAGCUGACCUCCCCGGGGGCGGAGCAACAUGUCAGUGACACUGGAAAGAGGAUAGACGAGAGGAACCGGAACCAACAGGAGGACGGGAACCAGCAGAUUAAGAACCAGAACCACCAAAAUGACCUGGCCUCAUUCACAGCCGCUCAGGCCCAUUACCAGGCUCAGGAGAGGCCCACCAACACUGGGCCUCAGGGUACUGACAGCCACCAUCGCCAGGAGGACUACACCACCAGCCUUAGCGAGAACUACUGCCCCUACAGCAGGGACAGACUGCCCACCUGCUCCCCUAGUGGCCACUGCCCAUCCUACGACCAACAUGGCCUGAGAGGAGGCAACAACAGCACUAGCCAGGCCACCUCCAAUUCCCAUGGAGGAUUCAGUGGACUACUGUGGAACAGGGGCAACAGGAUGCAUCUGCUGUGUCCCAUGAACACGUCUCCCCAUGUGAACCCCCAUAAUUCAGGCCAUGGGAUCUGGGAGGAGUUCAGCCACAGUUUCACCCCAGCUGUCAGGGAGGUGGUGGAAUUUGCCAAGCGGAUCCCAGGCUUCAGAGACCUCUCCCAACAUGACCAGGUCAGCCUGCUCAAGGCUGGUACCUUUGAGGUGCUAGUGGUUCGCUUUGCGUCCCUGUUUGACGUGAAAGACCGCAUAGUGACGUUUCUGGGUGGUAACAAGUACAGCGUGGAGACGUUACAAGCCAUGGGCGCCGGCGACUUCCUGACCUCCAUGAUGGACUUCAGCGACAAGCUGAUGGGGCUCGGCCUCAGCGAGGAGGAAAUGAGCCUGUUCACCGCUGUCGUCCUCAUCUCUGCCGAUCGCUCAGGGAUUGAGAACAUAAACUCUGUGGAGGCUCUUCAGGAGACUCUGAUCCGGCACCUGAGGGGCCUCAUCACUAAGAACCACCCUAACGAGUCGGCCAUAUUCACCAAGCUGCUCCUCAGACUGCCCGACCUCCGCUCCCUCAAUAACAUGCACUCUGAGCAGCUGCUGGCCUUCAAGGUCCAUCCCUAGACCAGAACUAAGGUCAGAACCUGGGGUGUAUUCAUUAGGCACCAAAUGGAAGAACAUUUACUGAAAUGGGGAGGUACUACCUGAACUUGUCCAAUAAGAAAUGCUUGUCGUUGUCGUCGUCCCACCCCCCAUUGCAAAACCUUCUGCUAAGGUGUACCCUAAUGAAUAUGACCAUGGACACUGGGCCUGAGGACCACAAAGCCCAUUUAUCCACCCACCCUGACACACCUCGACCAGCUAUCCCAAUGAACUAUGAACCCUGACCUCCCAAGAGAACCCUCUUAUUCUGCCACUCACUUCACGUGAUCUUUUUCCUUCACAAGCAAGUUGAACUAGUGGGCAAAUGUGUCACGGUUACAGGGGAGGGAGGCUUAAGCCUUAAAAGUUAUUGUACUGUUAUUGUUGAAGUAAUAACCAUGAAUGUAAACGUUCAGACGCAAGCAGAAGAUGGAUGUGUAAUGUUUCUUUGUCUUGUUUCUGUGUGUGCAGGACACGUUUGCGACUGUACAACUCUUCUUAGAGAAUAAUCUUUUAUUAACAUUGUGUAAUGUGCAUUUUUGCAUCAUUUGUGCAAUAUGAUAUGUGACUGACUAUUUAGACUUUUUGUUUUUUUUGUUGAGCUAACCUCCUGUAGGUUUUUAUUAAUUGUACCUUUAUUUAACUAGUCAAGCCAGUUAAGAACAAAUUCUUAUUUAUAAUGACGGCCUACACCGGCCAA